CGACGACCCCUUCCCGUCCCCCUCCACGCACCCCGCGUCCUGCACCUCGUCUGACAUGUCUGCCUCGCCACAUCCACCCCCUCCUCCUGCCCCCAUUCCCGUCCCCGCCACACGCUCGCCCCCAGAGCCUCCCGCGCCGUCUGUGUCGGUGCCCGCGAUGGUCAAUGGUGGCGCGCCCCCUCCUAGUCGCUCGCCCGCGCAGCUCGCCUCCCUCCUCUCCGAUGCCCUUCGUGAGAUAGACUCUCUGCAUCACGAGCUCUCCAAGGCCAAACGACGCGCGGAAAAGGCAGAGCGUCUCGUCUCCAGUCUCACCCAGCCUUCGUCCUCGUCAGCUGCCACACGCUCAGGUAGUGACAACUCACCCUCUGGCGCCCCGAACGGCUCCCCCGCGAACGGCCAGGCACAACCACUUCCCGAGUCUGCCGUCAAGGUCAUCCUCGAGUACGAGGCGCGCGCUGAGCGCGCAGAGGCCGCUCGCGACGAGUCCGACGCACGCCUCCGCAUCAUCCAGGAAGCAUGGGGCGAGCUCAAUCACUAUCUCAGCACCGUCGAGGUCCGCUCCUCCGACGCGCGCAUGAACUUUUCGCGCCUCGUCGCGGACGGUGGCGGCCAGCUCGUCCUCGUCCAGCCUCCGCUUCCGCCGUCCCAGUCUCUCCCGAGCAUCGGCUCGUCUAUGCUCAAGUCCGCUCCCGGUCGUUCCGCGGCCCUUCACCGCGCGAACAUAACCGGGGCAGCGGUUUUUCCGACGCUCCCUCCUCCGCCCGUGCCCAACGCCAACAGUCGCGUCAGGCCGCGGUCGGGUAGUAUGGACGCAAUCGUGUAUCCUGGUCUUCCUGGUGGACCUGGCGUGCCGCCUCCCGCAAAGAGGAUGCGCAGCGAGCGUGAUCUUGACCGUGAAAUGAUUGACAGACCGCGUCGUUACAGUGCUUCUCCGUCUAAUUCACCACAGUACAUGACAAUCAAUGGUCAUGCCACAGAGUCUUCGCCGCUCAUUCCGCUUCAACACUCGGGCAAUGCAAGCGUGCCCGCUCUUCACCCGUACUAUCAUCCAUCGCCGCAACAACGUUCAUACCGUGCUGGAGGCCGUGAACGCGAGGAACCCGUGCAAAUACGCUAUGUCGACGCCACUGGCCGUCCUUCGCAGCAGGCGCUCGGCGAACGCCAACCCCACCGUCGCGGCCGCUCGCACUCGCGUUCUGGCUCGCAUUCUCGCUCACGUAGUCGGGGCAGUUCGAUCAGCCUCGAAGAGAUGCUGUUGGAGGCGACGACGGGCGACGACCCUGAUCGCCGCCUCGAUGGCGCGCCCGCCGCCCUCGCCCGUCCGCACGCUCAGUCGCUCUCGCAUCACCCGUCCCAGCACAUGGUCAUCCCGCGCAUGCGUCAUCGCUCGCAGUCCCCUGAUCGACGCGAUCGCGCAUUCCAUCUUGGCGUGCCACACAACCAUACGCACUCACGCUCUCGCGCAUCAUCCUCGCUGUCCGCGCACCCCUCGCAUCAACAGCUGCACCCGUCGGCAUCUGCGUCCGGCCCGGGAGUCUCGCCUCCGGGCAGCUCUGGCGUCUCGCCUAUUCCUGGACACAGCGCGGGCGGAAAUGGAGUGGGUGCCCCGGGGCCGCUUCCUUCGCCUGGCCAGGUGCAGACGUAUCAGACGCACAUUUUUGCACCGCCUGUGACUGGUGCCCCUGUGAAGAAGAACAAGUUAGGGAGCUCUCAGAGCCUCGGCGCGAACGGGACGGUUCUGACCCUUGGUCCCACGGGAAGCUUGAUCGCGGGCCCGUCGACUAUUCAGGGCGGGGGCUAUCCGCCAACGAACGCCCAGGGUCAACGCAUCUGCAGGCAGUGCGGACUUCCCGGGCGGUACAAGGAAGGCAAGUGCGUCGAGAAGUGGGGUCCAGGGCCCGAAGGUCCUGGAACAGUAUGCGACCGCUGCCGCAAGAAAAUGAAGCGGGUCGAGCGCCGCGGCACAUUAGAUAGCCAGAUGGCGAGCGGCGUCCUCGGCCACCACCAGCAACCAGCAGCCAUUCAUCCGUCUUCGCACCACCAAAACUCGCUCAACGGCCGUCCGGGUCCCGAUCGUGCGCUUCAUAGAACAGACACGUUGCCGGUCACUCAUGGAACGUCGCCGCAGUCUUCGCGCGUCCUUGGCCCCAAUGGCACGGUACUCUCUUCUCCACCGUAUGGACGCCAUGAGCGCGAGCGUGAACGCGACGAGCAGCAGCGCUCGAUGCCCUCGCCGCACGCGCAGUCUGCACGCAUUGGCUCGCAGCGCUCACCGCCGACGCCGCCGUACAUUGCGACUCUGCCCGGGUCGUCGGUCAACGACGACGACGACGUAUUUGAGGAACGUGGCUUACGGCCGAGGGGCUCUCGUGCCCAGUCUCCGGUGGGGCACUCGAAGACUUCGUCUGGUGGUGCGCGCGUGAACGGCAACAAGUCCGCGUCGCAUUCCCCGCCGCUCAACGGCAAUAUGGCCGUAUCUUCUGCUCGAGGCUCGCCUCGCGACUCGGACACAUCUCGUCAUAGCGCUAGCAACUCGCGCUCGGAGGUAGACAUGGACGCAGACGCCGAUGCAGAUGCGGACGCCGAUGCGGAUGCUGAGGCUGAGGUCGACGCCGACGCUGAUGCCGACGCGGAGCUGCUCGAGGCGGUGGACGCUGCGGAAGCGAACAACAACACCGAGGAGGAAUGGCUCAAGAAAGAACCGAUGUGAAGUGCAAAUAAAAAAUGUAUAUUGCCGAACGCUGGUCCUCGUCCUAUGUGGAAUGACUUAUGAAAUUGUGAAGUAUGUACCCACUACGUUUCUGCUUGGGCUUAUAGAUUGUCGUGCUUUUGUCGUUGUUAUCAUGCUGUCGUCUUGUGGGAGAUUCGGUGCUCGGACUUGACGUGUCUCUAUAACGUUCCAAUGUAUGGUAUUAUGAAGAGGAUGCAAAUAGAAGCCGAAUGCGCGCAUGUUGUCCAUGAAUGUCGGUGAC